CAAGUCGUUUAUCAUUUUUAUCAACUAGUUCAAGCAAAAUUCAAACCUGAUUUUUUUUUUUUUAUGAGAUGAGGGAGUACUAUUUAUACAUUUUAACUUAAAAAGUUUAUUCCACUGUACCAAUUCUUCAUCUCCGCUUCGUCCAAACCUCGAACAACUAUGCAUUCUCUUGCACUUCUGCCCCGCCGCACCACCGCCGUGAAGCCACCCAAUCAUGAAGUCGCCCUCUACAGCUGCCGUCAAUAAUAGAUUGAAGAACCCUAAUCUACCUCAAAACCUUAACACGACUAUCUCCAAACCCUAAUCCUCUUUUCCAUCCGUACCCAUCACUCUUUUCUCUUCAUUUCUGCACCAACACUUCCGAUUCAACCUCAUUUGCCGCCUCCUACCUCACCCACAAUUUCGGUUUCUCCGCACAAUUUGCUUCCAAACUCUGCUCCUCCCACCGGCUUCUAUUCAAAACCACCCAACAACCUGACUCUGUCCUCAAAUUCUUCAAAAACCACGGUUUCUCAGACUCCCAACUUAGCAAUAUGAUUGCCAAGGUACCUGGCUUACUUUCCUGCAACCCCUCCAAAAGGGUCUUACCAAAGUUCCAAUUUUUACUCUCCAAAGGUGCUUCUAACUCCGACAUUGUUAACCUUGCCAGUAAGAACCCUAGAGUCUUGUCUCGUAGCUUGAAGAAUCAUAUAGUCCCAACUUAUGAAUUGAUUUAUAGAUUCUUGCAAUCAGACAAGGAAGUUAUUGCUUCUGCAAUUCAGAGUCCAAAUUUACUCUGUGAACAAUUUGUACCGCGUAACAUCUCGAUGCUGAUUGAGAAUGGAGUGUCGAACUCUAACAUUGCUAGAUUGCUUCGGAUUCGGAGUCAGAUAUUCAAGGUUCAAGACAUGCUCAAGUUUGUUGAGGAAGUGAAGAAUUUGGGGUUUAAUCCUUCGAAAAUAAUCUUCUCAAUAGCAUUGGUUGCAAAAAUGACGGUAAGCAAAAACUUGUGGGAGGAAAAAGUUGAAACCUUAAAGAAGUGGGGUUGGUCGGAUGAAGAUGCUCUUGAAGCAUUUAAAAAGAAACCUUAUUGUAUGUUAACAUCUGUUGAUAAAAUAAAUUUAGUGAUGAGCUUUUGGGUGAAUCAGUUCGGUUGGGAUGCUAUGGCCAUUACGAAAGCACCAUUUAUUUUAUCGUCAAGUUUGGAAAAAAGGAUCAUUCCGAGGGCUGCUGUUGUGCAAUAUCUUCUCGAUAAAGGUUUGAGAAAUAAGAGUGCAAGCUUAACAUGUCCAUUUGUAGUGUCUGAGAAGACGUUUCUGGAUAAGUUUAUAAAACGUUUUAAGAAAGAGUCUUCUUAUCUAUUAAAGUUGUAUGAGGAAAAACUCAAUCCUGCGCAUACUAGGGAUGAUAAGACGUGCAUGCCGUAAUGAGAUUUCCAGGUCUUUUAGACGUAUUAUGUUAUUUUAUUUGUAAUUUGUUUGGUACAGAAUGUGAAUGGAGCUAACUUAGCUUUUGCUUAGCCUGACAAAUGUUGGUUGCAUAUAAAUACCGAAAAUGUAAUUGUGGAGAUCUAUCAAACCUCUCCGAAGCUACAAAUCUACCAUUGUGGUCGGGGACUACAAUUAUUUAAAACGCAUAACCGUCAUAUUUUGUGCCAUAGUCAUGCCAGGUCUUGCAUAGCACUUGAUUUUGUCACAUAUUGGCAUCUUGUUAUAAACUGCAAUUGACCUUUUGUCCAUGUUCUGUAUUUUAUGUGAUGUCUUCCGUUGGCACUGCAGUUUUUUUGAGCUAUUUAUAGGUUACUAUGAUUGUGAUUUAUCAAUUUUUAUUGGUUGUCAGCUGCCACUUUUUCUUUUUAAUCUGGCAGCAUUUUUGCAGAAAUUAGUUUCAAUACUCCUGAAGUUAAGAUUUGGAAUGUAGGAGUAUACUGCACUGAACAGUUAUAAUUGGACAUUCCAAAUAACUGUGGUGACAGUUUUUAGGAAAUUCCAAAUUACUGUGGUGACAGUUUUUAGGAAAUUUUAAUUUGAAGAAGCUUGAUUUGAUGUUUGAUUGCUACGUAAAAUGUUGGCAUUAGCAUAGUUAGAUGUCUCAUGCUUUUUAACAGCUAUAGCAAACAGUAUAUGUAUUAGUAGCUAACAAGAAUGUGAGUGAAGGUUCAAAGUCAUCUAAAAAACAACAUCAUAUGUUAGGAAUUAAGGUACAGUUUGAUGAAAUUAUGGUGACAACUUAAUUUAGUUGAAACGAUGUAUCAAAAUUAUGAUGACUUCUUGACUUGUGUAGUUGGCAAUCGAAGUAUAUACUAAGUGAAUGGAAAAUUGAUUAAGAAAGGUAGUUUGUUGGUCACAUUUAAUUUAAUCCAAAUCCAUUUUAUUAAAAAAUGUUACUAAGUCCCAGAUAGAAUAUAAAUCUAUCAGUGUGCCUAACUCUUCAUCAAAGUAACUUGUCGAAAUCAAGCUUCAUCGAAGUCGAUAUUUCUUUGCAACAUAAGUCCUUUGUUUCCUUAACAUCUCUUUUGUGAGCGUCGAAUUUGCAACUAACAUAUCCAUAGGAAGAUGAGUAUAAUAUGCUAAUUUAGAUGGCGAAGUAUUAUGUGGAGAAAGAGAAACCAUAAUCUUUUGAGUGAGCUCUAAAGGAAAAACCAAUGCAUUUUUGGCUCCAGUCCCCUUAGAGGAGGACCUAGGAGGAUUAAAUUUUGAUAAUUAGGUGGACAAACCCAAAAUAAUAUACUUAUCAUUUGUUUGUAAUGGAGGGCCAUACGACGCUUUAGUGUUCAUAUUUUUGUUGUUCAUGGUUAUCCUGCACAAAUUUUCUUGUUAAAAAAUCUGGCAAAGUGUUCUUAAUUCUUUUAAUAUGCAUGACUUUAAAAUCAAAACAUGCAAGUAAAGAUUUUCAUCUGGCAAAGAUAGUUUUGAAACUAAAUUUCUACAUCCUUUUGUAAAGUAUUUUUGGUAGAUUUGCAAUUAAUUUUUAAUAAAAAUGAUUUUGAAAAUAAAUCAUCUUGAAAUUUCAUAAUGCAUAAAAAAAUUGUUAAAAUUUCUUUUUUAAUAGUGCUGUAAUUUAAUUGGGUAGAAGACCAUGUCCCAGAAUAAUAUCUGAAUACUU